AAAUGCUCUCCUUCGUUGCGUUUCUGGCGGCGACGGCGGCGGCAAUCUUUGGCGCGGAACACUUCGGGGGAGAUCGAUGAAAAGAAUCUUCAUCAGUUUCUGAAGGAGCACGAGAAGCUGCUACUAUUUGGAGAGAACGAUGCUGCGUCUGCUGAAGACUUUACCAUCGUUAGCGUGCGGCGAAGGAAACGAACCACGAGAUCUACGGAGCGUCUAAUUUCGUUCAACGUCAGCAACAGCGCCGUUGCGGAUUUCUCUGUCGAGCUACGAAAGUCCAACAUCCUUAUAGACGACUCGUUUGCAUUUAUUGAGAGUUAUGAUAACUCCACCCAACUUCUGGACGAUUCGUACCAACUUGUUCAGCAAUACGCUGACUGCUUUUACCGCAAUGACCACGCCGCGUUCGAUUUGUGCGAGGGUGGCAUUCGUGGGUUGCUCAAGUCAAAUCAAAGUGACUUAAUCGUUCACCCACUGCCAGAGCGAUUCGGCUCCUCGAGCCACGUCCUGAUCUACAGGAAUCGUACAAAUGACUCCGCUGCACCCAGCACCAACCAGACUGACGAAAAUGUGAUAUUCGAGCCGGAUAUGGCUGCCUAUGAACCCACUUUUAACGAGCCCAGAGACAGACGCAACAAGCGCCACAUUAGCAAUAUCAAAGUACCGGACACGCUCCACGUUGAGACUGCAAUUUUCAUCGACAAAGACCUGUACCGGCACAUGUCGAAAAAUUUCCCCAAAAAUACCGAAGCUCACCUCAUUCGAUUCGUGCUGGCGAUGAUCAACGGAGUUCAACUGCUGUACAACCAUCCCUCGCUGGGACGUCCGAUCAACUUCAUCCUGAAGCGGCUGGAGAUCCUGCACAAUGACCCGAAGGACCUUCGUAGAUCCAGCGACAUAGACGUUUACCUGAACAGCUUUUGCGGUUGGCAAAGGAAGCUAAAUCCGAUUUCCGACGCAGAUCCUGUGCAUUUCGAUCACGCCGUCAUACUGACCGGGCUGGAUUUGUACGUGGUUAGUAAAACGGGCAAGGUGAGUAACCAGGUCGUGGGAUUGGCCCCGGUGGCCGGAAUGUGCACGAUGACGUCCAGCUGCACCAUCAACGAGGGCAAACACUUUGAAAGUGUGUUUGUGGUAUCGCACGAGAUUGGUCACAACUUAGGUAUGCGACAUGAUACUUCCGAAAACAAUUGUGAUCCAAGUCUUUACAUUAUGUCACCCACACUUGGAAGUGGAAAAAUCACGUGGUCAGCAUGCAGUCGCAACUACCUGAACACCUUCCUGAAAACCAGUCAGUCGGUGUGUCUCUUCGAUCGUGGCCACGUGGCGCCCAACCUGGACCAUAACGUCGAAGGCAAACUGCCCGGGGAGCGCUUCGACGCCGACCAGCAGUGCAUGCUCAAGUACGGCAAGGACAGUAUCCGCUCGCAGUCCCAGAACGUGGCGGACAUUUGUCGCGAUCUGCACUGCCAGCGGGACCGGUACACGUGGACGUCGCAUCCGGCGCUCGAGGGCACUGCCUGCGGGACGUUGAUGUGGUGUCGAAGUGGGGUUUGCGUUUCGAAAAUACCUGGACUCACCAUCCAAUCAAGUGGAAAGCACAUCACGGCGUUCAAAACGAUCGACAAGAAGACGUUCAUACAGGGGUUAAAGUUUGCCAGCUUGAAGCAAGACACUGCCCGGACACUGAACUCAGUGACCACGUGGGAGGCUUGGGGCAACCCAACGGAGUGUGAAUCGGGAUGUCUCUACGGAGAGUCUGGUCGUCUCAAGGAAGGCAGUGUUGGACUGCGGCAGUACAACAGAGCUUGUCGAGAUAAACGAAACAGUUGCCCAGGAUCUAACAAAAAAUAUGAAACGUGUAUUGCCAAACAGUGUUACAACAUUGCUCGCACUACGAUUCUAGAGUUUGCCAACCAAAUUUGCGGCCGCGCGAAGGAGUUCGAUUCGGACAUUCUGGGGAUGGGACUGCAAAAGGUGGCGGACGAUGCCGAGGAUGCUUGCAAGGUUUUCUGCGAAACCAAAUCCGGCACGCCGAAAACAAAGAGUUGGAUCUUCCCCGACGGAACGGCUUGUCGGGUGCAGAGUGCAGAUUUUGACGAUUAUUUCUACUGCAUCGGGGGAAGGUGUCAGAAAUUUUCGUGCAACAAUUCAGCAGAUAACUUUCAUCGCAUUGAUUCAACGUUUUGUCCUGAUAGUUUCACUUCUGCGGAUAGAGUUAGUAACAGUAUUCAACAGGAGAAUGGACGUGACUAUAAAAGUUUAAACUUGUUAAAAGAAGCACAACCGACUAGCAGAAAACCAGAAAACGUUACUCAAAAUUCGGUCGUCUACAACUUUCCCGAGCGAAAGCGUUUUCCCGAGGCGAAUUUCUACAAAGCCGACGCGUACAGUCGCUGGAGAGCACGCAACUUUGAACCGGUCAGCUACGACCGAAACUCUCAGCUCAGAUUGCGCAAAAAUCAGUGGGAGGUGAAAUCCGGCUGCCACUUCAACUGCAUGGAGAAAUCAAAGGGCAUUCAAAUCGUGGCCUCAAAGAUGGACAUCCGAACCAGCAUUCAACUGUGCACCCCUAAUACAAUUGCUUGUGAUAAAAUGCAAUCAACGUACGAGUAUGCCACGAGGCUGUGCAAACGGUACCAACAGAAGGUUCGUGGCCUGUCUGGAACCGGCAUGCAAAUUGCAGCCAGCGUUGAGGAUCCAGACCGGUCGUGCCGUGUGGCGUGUCAAGACGGCUUCAUUCGACAUCGAUUCUACCUCGUGAAUGGGGAGCAAGGACACUUUCCUUUUGGGACGCGCUGCAACCUUGACGAACCGAACCGAUUCUGUGUCAAUGGAAAGUGCUUGCGAUUCGGUGAGGACGAUACGCCCGUCAACGAGUUGUACAACAGCUUGGCACAUUUGCGAGCGAAACGAAGUCUCAGCAGAGUGAGGAGGCACUUUGAGUUUUACUCACCGAUUAACAUCACCGAGCGAAUCAACCAGGAAUAUCUGGACAAUUUGAUUGCGCAUAUCGAUUUUGAGAAAACGACGGGAGACGUUUACGAAGACAGCAUCGAUUUCAGAACUCCAAUAUAUUUUAGUCCGUGAUGCAUGCAAUACAAAACUCCUAGUAAAAUAUUAGUCUGAAGGCCUACACAGACUUUUUAAUGAAAGAAACAUAUCUUUUGUAAACUAUUUAUUUGCUUAAUUUACGCAUAUCGAAAUUAAACUUAACGAAUACUAAUAUAAA